GUGCUCAUUAUUAAAGAGCAGAAGCAGUUGCUUGAGGAUGACCAGUCUCGGCUACUCAAGAUGAAGCUGAAUCAAAGUCUCUUUCUGUCUUUUAUGACAGUUUUCCAGUGGACUGUCCACGUCGGCUCGGAGGACACACCAACAUUAGGAUCAAGGAAUAUUCCCAGACUUCUGAGCCAAGAUGUCAUCAAGGGCACAUUUAGCUAUCCGGUCCAUCAAAACCACACCAUUUUAUUUUAUCAUGAAGACUCUGGGGAGAUUUACGUAGGAGGGACUGACUUUGUGUACAAGCUUGAUUUGGACCGCUAUCAAAUCUCUGAGGAAAUCCAUCUUAACGCCACAAGGGAGGAACCGUGCUUUGAGGUCCCUUGUAAAAAUGUCAUCACUGUCAUCGAGAAGUUUGGGGACAGUCUGUUUGUCUGCGGGACCAACGGACUGCGGCCUCACUGCUGGAAACUGUCCGCUGACGAAACGAAGGAGCAAGAAGGGACGGGAAUAUCUCCGUUUACGCACACACAGAACUCGUUGUAUCUCAGAGUUGAGGGUGAUCUGUAUGCUGCAGCGCCGCUGGAUUAUGAUGGAAGCGCCUUGCAGUUCAGGAGGGAAGAAGGCAGAAGGGCCAAUGUCUGGAUGUACGACACUUGGGUCUCAGAGCCCACAUUUGUUUCUGCCGCUUGGGUGAAGCGGCAAAAUGACCCCGACAAUGAGAAGAUUUACAUCUUUUUCCGUGAGAAGAACUCUGACCAAAACCCAGAGGCCGAUCCGUGGAUUUCCCAAGUGGCCAGAGUUUGCAAGACCGAUGAGGGCGGAUCAAAGCGAUUCUUCCAGAACACAUGGACAUCUUUUCUCAAGGCUCGGCUGGUCUGUGGCUUUCCAGAGGAGUCGCUGUAUUUUAACCGCCUGCAGGACGUCUACGUGCAGAAUGCUGAAGAUUGGCGGGACACAAGAGUCUAUGCCCUCUUCACCAGCAGCUGGAAUGCCACUGCAGUUUGUAUUUAUUCCAUCCAAACGAUUGAAGACAUUUUUAACAACUCCACCUUCAAGGGCUAUGACAAAGCUGUUCCGGAACCAAGACCAGGAACUUGUGUGCGGAACAGCCGUGCAUUACCACUGGCAACCAUUAGAGUGGUUCGGGAUUAUCCGGAAAUGAGCGACUGGGUCCACUCUGUGCACUACACGGCUCCAUUCUACGUCAGCAACAACAACUACACCAAGAUAGUUGUGGACCGCGUCCAGGCAGCGGACCAGCGCAUGUACAGCGUUUUGCUGCUGGCCACUGACUCUGGGAAGAUCCACAAAGUUCUAGAAUCGGGAUCAGAACCUUUCAUCAUCUCGCAAACACAAAUCCCAAGUCAGUCCAAUUUGCAGUCGAUGAAACUGGAUUCCCAAAAGAAAAAACUAGUGGUGAGUUUUGCUGAAAAAAUCUAUGUGGUGGACCUCCAGAGUUGUAAUGAGUCCAACAAAUCCUGCGCGGACUGUGUUCUGGCUCGGGAUCCCUAUUGUUCCUGGACUAAAUCUGGAUGCUCCCCAACUGUCCCAGAUGGAAUUCAAAAUAUUGUUGAUGGAAAAACAAGUGUAUGUGCUGCAUCAACAUCAGAUUAUAACACAGUCAACCGGACCAGAAGGAACGCAGCAUCACGUCUCGACAUAGAUUCAACUCAGCUCGCUGUUCCCAUGGACGUUCCUUUUUACCUAUCGUGCCCGAUUGACUCAUACCACGCUGUCUACACAUGGAGGCACAGAGACGAGCGCAGCCCUUGUCUUCAGAUGAGCUCCUCCUGCCUCCUUCUCAUUCCCGCCAUGACCCCUGACAGCUACGGCAGCUACGAGUGCAUCUCGGAAGAGAGGGACUAUGUCAACAUGGUGAAGCAGUAUCAUCUCACGGAGCGAGAGGACCGACGCGCAAAGGCCAACCGAGGUAAAGCGUCGGCAGUAGCCGCCCAAACAUUAGGGAUCACAGUUGGCCUUGCUCUCUUUUUGAACUGAAUGCGAAAGUUACUGACCCAGAAUAUGGAUUCCAGUCCUCAUUCAUCCAGCUAGGAAGCUAAAAAAAAAAUGUAAUUUUUGUAACUAAAAAAAUCAACCAAAAUUUUCUGACAUUAAGGCGCACCUUACUAUAAGCCGCCACCCACCAAAUUUGACAAGAAAACGGCAUUUGUUAAUAGAUAAGCCACACUGGACUAUAAGCUGCAGUCGUCCGCACUGUAUUAUGUGAUAUUUACACCAAAAAAUACUAACCGGUAACACUAUAUUUGACAGCAUCAUCAUAAGACUGUCGUAAGACCAAAUGAACCACCAUUGCUUCAAGAAGCUUCAUUUGGCCAUCACUGCUCCCUAAGGGGAGACAGCCAACCUCUGCUGGGACUGCUGUCAGCACUGUUGUCGUCCAACAUGCCUCUUAACGUGCAUUGCAGCACUACAGAUGUAAAUAACAAUCAAAAUUCCUGAUCUGUGCUAAUUACUUCUUCAGUUACUGUUCCAGUUGUUUCAUUAGUUGCUAGUUAUGGUUUUUGGUAACACUUUAUUUGACAGGGGUGCCAUAAGCCUGUCAUAAGACCAUCAUAAUUAUGAAAUGACACUGCGAUGAGCAUUAACGAAUGCUUAUGACUGAUAUUAUUUUGUGUCAUCCGGCAAAUGAUCUCACUUUUGAAUGGAUGUAAAGAUCCGAGCUGGACAUAAAUGGAGUUGGUAACAUAAUUCAUCAUGUCAUUAAUGCCAAUAAUAGUGCCAUUUCAUAAUUAUGACAGUCUUAUGGCAGUCUUAUGACGCCGCUGUAAAAUAAAGUGUUGCCUAUUAACCCAAAUCAAUCAACAAAUAAGCCGCAUUUGACUAUCAGCCGCAGGAUUCAAAAUUAGGGGGGAAAAAGUGGUGGCAUAUAGUCCGAAAAUUACGGUAUAGGCAAUUUAUCAAGUGACCGUUAAAAUUAUUUUCAGUCAUACAAGUGUCAAUAUAGAAAAAGUACACCAGACCUUAUAUAUGACAAACCAGGCUUAAUUUAGCACAUGUGCAAAGUUAUUAAAGCAGUCGAGCUUUAGCCUUCCAACAUACAACCUCGACACCAAUUACUGCUUUCCUAUUACACAGGGCUUUGGCACUCCCUUGUAGUGUAAUGAGCUUUACAGAAAAAGCUACAAAAAUGCUAGGUGUUCAGUGAUAUUGACUCCUAUUGACACCUAUUGAAAAGGUAUUACGAAAAAAGUACAUAUAAUAAGCUGUGAAAAAGCAACACUAAACAAUUUCCACAAGUUGGUUCCCCCUAAACAAGAUGAAAUUAAAAGAAACUUUGAAAAAUGUUAAAAUAAUAUUGAAAAAAGAUUGAAAAAGUAUUGAAAACGUAAGGACAGGUUCAAAACACAAAUCUGUGAAUUAGUAAACUAGCCAAAAAUUAAUCGUGGACAAUAUGUUACACAUUUUUUCUUGAACUUUUAGAAUUUUUUUACCUUUUGGGGGCUUCCACUAGUUCAGCUACUAUAAAUCAUUAAUGCCAGAAUUGGUUGCAAAUUGCGACACAUUCAUGCGCUGUAUUACUAUAGCUUUUCUCAUCUACUGUAAUGAUAUAGUCACACCACUGAGGUAAAAACAAGUACUACACAUAGACUGCUGGGAAUACUUUGUUAAUGCAUUGGCUACCAUUGAUGCCGAUAGACAUCCAAUUCUUUUGAUAUGGGAAGGUUGGUAGCGAUCAUUCGCUACUAGCUUAUCCUUGUUCAAAUGGAUUGGACGUCUAUCGCCGUCAGUGGCACUGAAACAUGAUCAUUUAUUGCCAGUCCUUCCCAACCAACUACUGUAUAACACUCAAACCUAUGAAUGUACAAAAUGUGAUAAACACUACUACAACUCACUAAAUAGCCUUAACACUACAGUACAACAGUAAGAGAGGUGUCCUGGCUGGUUCACUUCUCAGAGAUUCAAUUUCGCCGUGGCAACGCCAGAGAUACCACCGUAGCAUCUCUUUGAAUUUGCAACUGCUUUUAAAGGUGAAACUGAAGGAAUCCCAUUGUGUGUGUAUGUGUGUGUCCUCUGUGCCCUCAGCUUCGUCCACAAAGUGAGUCAAUGCGCUGGAUUGCAUGUUCACACACAUAUUGAGGCAGGUGAUUUAGUCCACACGGAGCAUUGCAGUCUGGCUCUCUUCCAGCCAAUUGUGCGAGUGUAUUGUGCGCAAGGGUGGAGGUACCCCAAGUCCUUGGACGAAUUUCCUUCUUUUGUUCCCCAAGCACCACCUACCUCCACUGACAACUAACGGACAAGAAGGCCUUUGUAAACGUGCAAUAAGACAUCAUUUGUUCCAGGCUAGACAAAUGCCUGACCUCUCAGAAAUACUGAUUUUAUUUCAACUGCUAAUGAUCUUCUUUACUGCGGUAUUAUCUUUAUAUUUUGUGUGCCUAGAUAUUGGCGAGAUUAACUUUAAUGAACAGAUUAUUAUGUAUGUAUAUUUAUUAGCAAAACCAUUUCCGGUACAGAUUUUAUAAUGCAUUUUAUUACAUUGUCACAAGUUUAAAAAAAUGUAUAUGUACAGUAUUUUCAGUUAUUUUAGUCACGAUCACGUGAAUAGUUUUAACAACAAAGAAGUGUUAUUUUUGUUUUACAACAAAAUUGUCAGUUUUAUUUUUUGUUUGACAAAAUGCAGUAGAUCAUAGUUUUAUUGUGGGUACUCCUAAUUUUUUUUUUUUUUUAAUUCAUUUAUGUUUGGACUAGGGGUUUCAAAAUUAUCGCAUUAACGGGCUGUAAUUGAUUUUUUAAAUUAAUCACUUUAAAAUAUUUGACGCAUUUAACGCACAUGCCCCGCUCAAACAGAUUAAAAUGACAGCACAGUGUCAUGUCCAUUUGUUACUUGUGUUUUUUGGUGUUUUGUCGCCCACUGCUGGCGCUUGGGUGCGACUGAUUUUAUGGGUUUCAGCACGAUGAGCAUUGUGUAAUUAUUGACAUCAACAAUGGCGAGCUACUAGUUUAUUUUGUUUGAAAAUUUUACAAAUUUUGUUAAAACAAAAACAUUAAGAGGGGUUUUAAUAUAAAAGGUCUAUAACGUGUACUAACAUUUAUCUUUUAAGAACUACAAGUCUUUCUAUCCAUGGAUCGCUUUAAGAGAGUUAAUGUUAAUGCCAUCUUGUUCAUCGUGUUGAUUUAUUGUUAUAAUAAACAAAUACAAUACUUAUGUACAGUAUGUUGAAUAUAUUUAUCCAUCUUGUGUCUUAUCUUUCCAUUCCAACAAUAAUUUACAGAAAAAUAUGGCAUAUUUUAGAGAUGGUUUGAAUUGCGAUUAAUUACGAUUAAUUAAUUUUUAAGCAGUGAUUAACUCGAUUAAAAAUUUUAAUCGUUUGACAGCCCUAGUUUGGACAUUAUUUUAAGCCCACCAUCGAACUGUUCUAUGGUUUAACUCAACAACACAGGCACACCUUUCUUGUUGUUUAUACGCUUUCCACAGUGAAUUUGUGAAUUCUAUCAAAUAAUACAUAUGUAUGUGUGUGUUUUUCUUUUUUAAAGAUUGUAAAGAGUAAAAACUGUAAGUGUGAUUGUUUUUGGUUUAUUGCAAUAAAAACAUGAGAACCUA